ACUCAUUCCUUUGUCUUCUCGGGGAUUGGCAGGUUUUAUUAUUCCGCCUGAACAAGCCGGGGGCGGAUUGGCUGCGGCGGGCUGACGGCGGAGCCGAGCCGGAGUGUAGUUGGGAUUCUGCUCUGUCAGUAACACAUGUGUGAGGGGCAGCGGGAGCACACGCACACGGACACACACACACGCACACGCACUCUCCCUCGCGCGCACACACACACACACGCACACGCGCGCUCGCGCAGGCAGAGGGGCCUCCUCCCGCGUCCUGCCAGCGCCGCCGCCGCAGGAUCCCGGCAGCGGCCCCGCGCCCGGCCCCUCGCAAACUCGCCCGCUCUCGCCCUCUCUUCCGAGGCGCUUCGGCGGGCCGCGGCCGGCCGGCUCCGCUCCGCGGGAGGCUCGGGAGCCGCCGCAGCAGCCCAGAGAAGGGGGCGGAGGUGGGGGGGGCGGGGGGGAAGCGGUACAAAGUGAAGCCACAUUGCCAAACUUACCCGGCGAUUGCAGCAGCGAGCGGCGGCGGCGCCCUGCGUGUGCAGCUCAGCGGCAGGGACUGAGCUCUGCAGCUCCCCUCCCGGGAAGCGGGAGCUGGAGGAAGGACCCAGGCAGACGCCUCUCUCAGAAAUAGCUAUAUUUUUCCAGCCUGGGCUGCUCCUUGCCGGGCGGGGGGCUCCCUCAAGCCAGAGAGAGGGCGAGCGCUGUGUUUGUUUCUUUGCAAGGAGAACCACCUCAGGCACCCCGAGCGACGUUGCUCCCCGGCCUUUUGCAAUAUAGAGGGGAAGCAGGCCAUGGUGAACCCCGGCGGCAGCUCGCAGCCGCCCCCCGUGACGGCGGGCUCCCUCUCGUGGAAGAGGUGCGCCGGCUGCGGGGGGAAGAUCGCCGACCGGUUCCUGCUCUACGCCAUGGACAGCUACUGGCACAGCCGCUGCCUCAAGUGCUCCUGCUGCCAGGCCCAGCUGGGGGACAUCGGCACCUCCUGCUACACCAAGAGCGGCAUGAUCCUCUGCAGAAACGACUACAUCAGGUUAUUUGGAAAUAGUGGUGCUUGCAGUGCCUGUGGACAGUCCAUUCCUGCUAGUGAGCUGGUCAUGAGGGCACAGGGCAAUGUCUAUCAUCUUAAGUGUUUUACAUGCUCUACCUGCCGGAAUCGCCUUGUCCCCGGAGAUCGGUUUCACUACAUCAAUGGCAGUUUAUUUUGUGAACAUGAUAGACCUACAGCUCUCAUCAAUGGCCAUUUGAAUUCACUUCAGAGUAAUCCACUACUGCCAGACCAGAAGGUCUGCUAAAAGGUCAGAGUAAUGCAGAAUGCGUGCCUUCAUCUCAAAUUUUGUUCAUCACAGAUGGAUCCCAUGUCUCCAAGUAGACAAGUCACCUUUGUAGCUAGCAUCAAUGCCAGCUCCAUACCAUUGCACCUUCUUUAUUCUUGAUUGCCCUUCCCACAUUUAUUGGUGUAUUAAAAUGACUGAAUAUGAGCAUUAAGGACUCCAUGAACCUGGGCUAAUGGGAGACUGUAGAGAAAAUGAAAAAAGAUCCACCGGAGGACAUCUUGGGGGGGGGGGGGGGGGAGCGGGUGGGGAAGAUGACUAAUGAAGCUAAUUAAAAGAAGCAUUGAAAUCUGCUUUCUACCCUCAUUAACAAUUAGCAGGGCACUGGCCAGUUUGUACCCUGUGUUUUACCUUAACAACAUUCUAUUUGCUCUUUGUAUAUUUAAGUGUUGUAAGGAAAUGUGUUUCAAUCAAACUGAACAUGAGAUAAAGAUGUGGCUUUUGUGAUAUUCUAUCACAAACACUUUUAUUGUAUCUCUGUAAAAUACAAUGUAUGUAUGCAUGUAAGUGUUUUUGUCCUAAUGUUGCUACUUCCCAUGGCAAAAAAAAAAAAAAUAUCAGGCUCAUAGCAGCUACUGUGUAGAAAUUUUCACCUACUUCUAAUUUGCUGAAUGAAGAAAAAUCUUUUAUUUGUGAUAUUUUCAGAGACAUUUGCUCUAGUAUGGUGUAUUUAAAUAAUAAAAAAGUAAAACAACACUGAAUUGAGUAUGGGUUUUAGAAGCUUUGCUUUUUUUUUAAGAAAAAACCAGCCUACAUUCUGAAACUACAUUUUCCGUAGUCAUUACCUUAAUUGUCAGUUACCUUUAAAACUAGCUUUUUGGUUUGGUCGUUUUUUUUUGUCUUACGCCACUAAAGAAUCUGUUAAACUACUUAACUCUGUUACUUGUGACAAGGAUAACAGAGCACUACCUCAAAGUUAUAUUUUAUUUUUCAUUGAGAUUCUUAAUUCUGGUGACAGCAAGUAUAUUAUAAUUCAUAUUGCAGUGAAUUAUGGCACACAUAUAGGUACUGUGGUCUCUUCCUAUCCAGCUCCUUUCCGCCGAAUCAUCUGUGUUAAGGGUGUGCAUGUGUCUGUGAGCGCGCAAGCAUGAGAGUAUAUGUAUAUACUAAAAAAGGUCAAAGAAUAAUAAAAUAAAAAACAACAAAA